UCUCCCUCCCUCCCUCCCUCCCCCCCUCCUCAGAUUCUUGCAUCUACUCCACGGCUCCUCUUCCUGUUUGUUUUCCACCAGUGGCUCACUGACUCUCCCCUCUCUCUUGCAGUGGUCUCCGGCGCGCCCUCCUCUCCCUCAUCCGCAACAUCGGCAUCUCUCUCUUCCGCAUUCGCAGGGACCUGCGCAGCCCAUGGCCGAUCGUCCUCAUCCUCGCCAUGUAUGCUGGGGCUCUGCACAUCUUUAUUGCGUAUCUCCUUCACGACGUGGCUGUACGAACUACCACAUGAGCAUAGGAGGCGACGCGGAGCAACUCAACCUGAGCGUCCGGGGCCCCGAGGGAUUUUGUUUGAUAGUGUGAAGUACUUGUAUCAAUUCAGAGACAUCUGCAACAUGUCCGAGAGCACCUGUACAGGCACAAGUUGCCUUUUACCUGCUGCUGCGCCCGGCUGCCGCCGAUCGGUGAAACUUUGAGACUUCAGUGGCGAAAUUUCUGAAAGUUUGGACGUUCUGGGGCCGAAACUUCGAAAAGUGGAAGGGUUAACUACCAUGAGGUUUAGUUAUCAUUAUUUUAGUAUUUUAAAUAGAGCCAUGUUCAAAAUUUCUAUUGAAAAAACUUGGUAGUAAAUCGU